CUCAGAUAAUCUCUCCUUGAUUAAUCUUGCUCCUCCCCCAACAUCCACCGAUAACCUCCCCAACAUGGCCAAACCAGCAGCAAUGGCCGUAGAAGCCCUCCCGAGGUUCUUGCUUCCGAGACUCAGCUGGACUGGUCCGGCCACAGCUUCCCAAGCUCUGCGACCCCUCGCUGCCUUCACUCCGAAUUCCCGCCGACGGAUGCACACACAGCCCAAUGCGCUGCGCGACUCGAACAUAUCACCAAAACUUCGCAGCACCGCCUUCAACCCCAAGCGCGCCUCGGUCCUUGACACCCCAGGAUUGACUAGAUCGUUCCACGCGACCCCUGCGAGACGACGCGACCAUCACUUUGAUACCUUGAAGUUUGUGCAGCGGCUGAAGAGCGAGGGGUUCACAGAGGUGCAAGCCGAGGCCAUGAUGAAGGUCCUCAACGAUGUGAUAGAGGAGAGCAUACAAAACCUCACCCGAACCAUGGUCCUCCGCGAAGACGCUGCCAAGGCCACAUACACCCAGAAGGUCGACUUCGCCAAGCUGCGAUCCGAGCUUCUCUCCGCUGACAGCACCGAGUCCAGCACGACGCGCGCGUCCCACGAGAAGCUGAGCAACGACAUUGCGAAGCUCAGCUCCCGUCUGCGCGACGAGAUCGGCCGGACCCAGGCUAGCGUACGCUUGGAUCUCAACCUGGAGAAGGGUCGCAUCCGUGAGGAGGCUGUCGGCCAAGAGCUCAAGAUCAAGGAGACGGAGACCAAGAUUGAACAAGAGGUCGCGGCGCUGCGUGAGAAGCUGGAGCAAGUCAAGUUCCAGACGCUGCAGUGGCUUAUGGGAGUCUGCACUGGUUUCGCCGCUCUGCUUCUUGGUGCCUGGAGAUUGCUUAUGUAGAUGGAGACUUGGGCACCCGACGGCAGACAUUCGAGUGAUGUCAGUAGAAGGCGGAAGAUUCGGUACACCCUGAUAAGUACGCCACCAGUGCCUGUACGGAACGGACACUCGUCCCGUCACAAGGAGGCCUGCCAAUCUCGGCUAUCUCUUAAUAUUGGAUAGCCAGGUCUAUGCCUAACUGCUCGUGUCAAGAGAGCAGUGACAGCAGCUGUGUAGAAGAUGCGGGCGGUGGCCUAAGAGGAAUUAUCCCUCCACCGUACCUGCCUCAGAUAGAAUUUCUUACAAAGACCUUCGAGCGAGGGCUCCUGCCGCCGUAGACGAAAAACUUCUUUGCUGUCUACCUAGAUCCAUCCCUCGUCCCGUGUGAUUCUG